UGAGCGCCCGCCUGCGUCACCCCGCGGCCAGCCAAUGGGAGGAGGCGGAGCGCUGCGGGAAGAGUCUGUGGAGUCGAAGCGGUGUGUGGAGGACUGAGGCAGCGGUAAGCUGACCACUGCUGGAGAUCCCAUGGAAGGAAAUAAAAAUGCAGGUGACAAAAAAGAAAAACUGGCCGAUCAGAUAAUGCAGAACCCUCAAGUUCUCGCUGCUCUUCAGGAAAGGCUUGACAGCGUUUCUCAGACUCCGUCAAGUUACAUUGAAACUUUGCCUAAAGCGGUAAAGCGAAGAAUCAAUGCCUUGAAACAGCUCCAGGAGAAGUGUGCUCAUAUAGAAGCCAAAUUCUAUGAGGAGGUUCAUGAGCUGGAGAGGAAAUAUGCCGCCCUGUAUGAGCCUCUGUUUGAGAAGAGAAUGGUCAUUGUUACGGGAGAGGUGGAGCCGACAGAUGAUGAAUGUGAAUGGCACAGCGGCGGAGAAGAGGAAGAUAAAGACAAAUUAGCGGAGGAUGUAAAAAAAAAGAUGACUAUAUCGGACACGCCGAGUGCGGAGGACGCAAAAGGAAUCCCUGACUUCUGGCAAACUAUUUUUAAGAAUGUAGACAUGAUCAAUAUAUCUUUACAGGAACACGAUGAGCCAAUAUUAAAACAUUUGCAGGAUGUGAAAGUCAAAUUUUCAGGGCCAGGACAGCCGAUGUCUUUCACAUUAGAGUUCCACUUUGAGCCCAACGAGUAUUUCGCUAAUUCGAUCCUGACGAAAACCUACAAAAUGAAAUCUGAGCCGGACUCUACUGACCCGUUCUCCUUCGAGGGACCUGAAAUCGUAGACUGUGAAGGAUGCACCAUCGACUGGAAAAAGGGCAAAAAUAUCACAGUUAAAACAAUAAAGAAGAAACAGAAGCACAAGGGACGAGGCACUGUGCGGACCAUAACGAAACAAGUACCCAACGAGUCCUUCUUUAACUUCUUCAGCCCGAUCAAAGCAGCCAGUGAAGGAGAGGAAAUGGAUGAAGAGAUGGAAAACUCUCUAGCGGCUGAUUUUGAGCUUGGUCACUUUUUCCGGGAAAGAAUAGUCCCCCGAGCUGUUCUUUAUUUUACCGGAGAAGCAAUUGAGGAUGAAGAAAGUUUUGAAGAGGGUGAAGAAGGAGAGGAGGAGGAGAUGGAAGGAGAAGAGGAGUGUGAGGAGGAAGAUGACGAUGAGCCAGGAAAGAAAGAAGCAGUUCAGCCUACAGAGUGUAAACAGCAGUGAUGGCGACAAGAUGGCGGAUACAUCGCUAGAGCAAAAUCUUUCCAAAUCUUCAGGAUUCUACCGUGCUGCAGCAAAUUUUAAGUCAAAGCUCAAUAUAUAUAUAUUUUUUUUUCUUUAUUGCAUGACUUAUUUCCGCCCCUCCCUUAUUUUUAUUUUUUUUAUUCCUUUUUUUCAUACUCGCGUCUAGGCUGUAUUAGAAUUUUCUGAUCUUGUUUGGUACUCCCUAGAAUGGAAGCACAGUCGAAGUCCACACACUGUAUUUUUUAUUUUAUUUUUGUUCCCGAUUUUUGUUAAUUUUUAUUUUUUUUGUUACAUUAUUUUGUUAUUCUUUAAGAACUAACCAAAAUGGUGGGGAGAAAAAAAAAAGCCCCAUUGCCCCAGUAGCGUUAUGACAGACAUUUUGUGCCAUGACUCGUGGCGGUUGUCUGGAGUGAGCGCCGUCGCCGAGCUCAGUGAUUUGUCAAUAGUUCCUGAAGGCCUGAUGGCUAGAAUGUGGUUUGAAGCGGAAAACUGCUAGGCACUCCGCUGCUUUUUAACGCAUUGGGUCUGCGUUACAAAUAUACGUGUUGGAAAAUGACAAUUUAUAUGCAGUGAAACGCUUACAUAUACACACACAUUGUACGUAUUUAACGUGUACAGAGUAUUUAAAAAAAAAAA